UAUUCCUAAUACGUACGUUUUUUCGAAAACUUUAGCAGAGGAUAUCAUACAGGAAUAUUCUUUAUUUUUUCCUUGCGCGAUUGUAAGACCUUCCAUGGUGUACCCAACGUUGAAGGAACCAUUUCCAGGAUGGAUAGAUAAUAUGUAUGGUCCAAUAGGACUUUCAAUUGUAACUGGUAAAGGAUUGUUUCAUGUAUUCUAUUGUGAUAAAAACGGCAAUGAAGAUAUGGUGCCGGCAGACAUUAUCAUCAAAGCUAUAUUAGUUACAACUUGGAAGCUUGGAUUGACUACGUAUGAUAAUCAGCAUAAGUAUGUAUGCUAAUGUAACUUUAUUCCAUAAUGAACGCG